UACGGUUUGAAAGAAAAUAAGAUAUUUUUUUGGGUUCCGCGUGUUUUAUACUCUAGCGGUACACACUCACAGGAUAGAGACAAAUCGGCAGACUCAGCCAGAGGGGCGAGUCCAACGAGACGAACGAAUGAGCGUUAAAAGGGAGCGAUGGCAAAAAAAUACAUUCAUUACGAUUUGUUCGCUCGUUGAAUUCACAUGCAGGCUAAAAAGGGUCCUUUUCAGGAUCACAAAAUUAUCGCCACUCGCUGCAACUGCCUGUUGUCUUGAUGUCCACCGAACCGAAUGUGUUCUGUUCCGAAUGCGGGUUUUCUUAUCGUCGCGAGCAGCUUUGCCAGCUAACUCGAUCACUUCGGCGGCCGAAACUAUAUAACGCCUGCUAGGUGGACUGGUGCACUGGUACUAACGCGCUCGGCCUAGCUACCCUUGCGGGGGACUCCAGAUCAACACGGUUCGAGCGGGAUUUUGCCUUUCCCUUCACUUUUCCUCCUUUACCAUGUCCAGACAUGGCUGCUUGGGUUGGUUUGUUGAUGUUUUGUGAUGCGAACCGAUGUGGUGAACAGUUUGAAUGAGAAUGAUCGUUACGGCAGCGGAGCGGGGAUUUUUAAGCUGACUGGCUGGCUCGAGAAUUACACAUGUGUGAGACUGCGACCAAUGUUUCGUUCAUUUUUUUCUUUUUCCUUUCCAAUCGUGCUUCAUUCUAUUUCGCUGCUGCUCUGGUUGCCCGUUUUGGUCGGUACGAUUUGAGGAGCACAAAAUGGACCAAUCAAAAAUGGGCACAUAGUGCAUUUUGACAAUGCUUGAUAUUUCACAAUUAUUCAACUAUUUAUCUCAAGAAAAAUAAAAUGUUAUACGUUAUGAUAGAUGCGUAGAUAUAUUUCCUAACAAUUGAUGCAAAAACCUUUGCGAUCUAUUGAGAAAUGCUCGAGUUAUAAGCGAUGAAUAAGCGUUCCAAAUGUUGCAUUUUUUCCUACUUGUUCAGUGCCUAGAUUUCCAUUUCACCCCCUAUAUCUUCCGGUUAGACGUAGUCCUACGUCAAUAAAAUAUCUUAAUAUGCUUUGAAUACCCUCUGAAAAUUCUCUGAACUAUGGCGGAAAAGGUUUCGAAUUGCGCUACCGACUAAAGGUGAAUCGGAAUUCCAGAGUGAAGAUGAAUCGCCAUUAGCAGUGAUCGAUCAUAUUCCGGAGUGGGCAAAGAAUUUUUUCAUCUAAAAUUUUGAGUAACACUGUAACUCUGCCAUAAAACAAUGCAAAACAAUGCAUAUCUGUAGUAAAAUAUCCUACUGGAAUUCCAUAUGAAUCAAAUGGAAGAAAUUAAUCAAGUUGAUUGGAUUAUUACUGGCGUCUAUGUGAUAUCAACAUAUUUUUUUGGCAAGUGUUUAGAAAAUCGUGAACUAAAAAUGUAUUUGGAAAUGUUUUCAAAUCCAUUUAUUUUUAUUCGAUUGGCGAUUGCCAAUCACAAUUAGUAAAACUCAAGAUCAAUCUUUGAAGUUGUGUAGUUUAUAUUCAGAUGCGAAUUGUUCCUCACCUGGUCAACUGUAGAAUGCGUGUUUCCGUGUUAGCAAACCAGAUAGCCUUUAUAUAUUCGUUUAUAAUGGAAAAACAAAAAAAAUCAUAUACUCACAAGUAUUUCAAAAUUAAACUCAUAUGAAGUAUGUGCUUUAUUAUGCUACCCUUUUCUCUACCAUACAAAAACAAUGGUCCACAACUGGUACAGGGUACAGCUAGUGAAAUUUGAAAUAAAAACAACUUAAGGAGGGAUCCCGGUCUGGAAAAUCGAAAAAAUAGAACUUUGUUUUUUUUUUUUGCAUUUUUGGGAAGCUUAUGCCCCUUUUCGAUAUUUGAUUUCGUUGGAAAGUUACAGCCAAAAGUAUGACCUCACCUCAAGGGAUAUAGUAUUACUUUACGAAUUUUGAAACGAGUUUUUCUCGAUACCGUGUUUUUUCAACUGGCGGUAUCAAUAUCUUAAGAUCUACUCGACCGAUUCGGCUGAAAUUUUUUAUCAGCCUUUAAAAAUGGAUUAUCUAAAGCGUUACAUAGCCGUUUUUUGAUAUCUCAUUUUUUCGAUUUUUUAUGAGCUUCUAAAUAGCGAUUUUUUAUAAAAAAUAACUCAUUUUUCGCCAUUUCGGCAAUUUUUCGAAAAAAAAACCCCGAUGUAACGCUUUAGGUAUCGUCCUAAUGUUUCAAAAUAUUCAUUGGAAUUUGUUCUACGACACCCCGUUGCUUCAGAACCGAUACCACCAGCAAGGUAUCAAUUUUCAGACAGCAUCCAUCUACGCAUCCAGCUGUCAACAGCAUAAUAAUCAUUAUUCGUACACUUAAAAAAUGAAAAAUACAUCUUCAAAUAUACCUUAAACAAUAACUAAAAUAUCCGAGUUCUUCACUUUAUUCGUAACAUUCGAAAAAAAUCCAAGAAAAUUCAUUAUUUUCCAACCUUCCAGACAGGGGUCCCCCUUAAAUGGAAUGAAAAAUUAAAUGGAAUUUAGACGCAAAUCAGUUCUUUCCUUAAUUAUUUUAAUUUAAAAAGGAAAAGUGUCCACGUGGACAAAGGCGGGUAGGGGUAUGAGAAUGUCCACGCUUGUCCACGGAGGGGGAGGGGGGAGUCUAAAACCGUGCUUUUUCUGUCCACGUGGUAUGUGGACAGCCCCUAAGUGGAAACGGACAGAAUAAAGUAUUAACUGCUUGUUAUUGACGGUACGGAAAGGUAAGCACACAUUCGGCAGAGCAAAUGUAUGAGAAAAUGAGAAUGCUUCUUUUUUCAUUAAUUUAAACCGUUUAGUGUUUAGAGAAUGGUAACAUACAGCAUAUCAAACAAAUCUUAAAGAGUCUCGAUUGGUAUGCAAAUCAUAUUCUGAUGAUUCGUAGUGAAAAUGGUUAAUAACGUUAACUUUAUUUCAUAGAAACAAGAUUUGUGUUUUGUGAUUUGUCGCCCUUCCUAAAAGACGUAGUCCUACGGCAGAAGAUAUAAUUUAAAUCAGUUUACAAAGAACAAAACAGUAUCAAUGGAUUCUAAUUGUGACAAGUGAAGUCGCAGCAAUCACCGAAAGUGGGUGUCUAAUUUAUGAAUGAUCUAAAUUUCUUACUUACUUACUUCCGUUCGUUCCACUUAAGUUGAAGGUCCCGUCUAAAAAUACAGCUGCUUCAAAUACACCGAUUCCGGGCCGGGGGGAGGAAAAUCCUCCAUGAAACCGAUUUUUCUGUCACAGUUGUGUCACGGAUUGUGCCCGACCCGAGAAACGACCGACCGAAAGCUCCCACUAUCGCCCCUAACCCUGCAACACAAUCUAUUGUCCGCACCGAAACAUAAUACCUCGAAUGACAGGAAUAUUGUCACAAUACCGCAACAAAGUAGGCAAAAUCUGUUCUCACCCACUCUUGUUGGUGCUCGUUCAAAUGAUGCUUUCCUUUCUCUUUAACAACACAAUCAUUCUGACUCUUUACCACCCACCACCCGCAUCCCCACUCCUCCAACAGUCCGUUUCUGCUUUUCACCUUUUUGCCAACAGCAUCACAACUCAAAACUAGAAAAUUACUCCGGCCUACUACGACUCUACACCACUUGAGAAGCGUAAUAAAACGUGACGAUGAAGUAGAGAAGACGGAAAUAAAGGAUAGAAAAAAAAACCAGCGCCUGAUAUAAGGACACAAUCAUCACUCCUCGCCACCACCAACAGCAACCGUUGUCGGUAUAGUGGCAGCAGAAGCAGCAGUGGCAGUGUGUAGCAAUAACAACAAUUAGCACAGAGAGGUAGUGUGAAGUGUCAAGCAGAGGGAAUGGCGCGGUGACACCGCAAGUUUAUUCAUUCCGUCUUCGCGCGCGGAGGUGGCAUACCGUUUGGCCUUGGAUGCUCUUGGCGACGGCAGCCGGAGUGGUGACACAGCACACUAAGUGUUAUAUCUAUUUCGUGAGUGAGAACACGGUCUGACAUAACAAUGGCAAGUGACACCGAAAACGACGGGUUGUGUCGUCCGCCUCGUCCGUCCGCAUCUGUGUAAGUGGCACGAAAUCUGUUAAAAAUAUAGGAUUUUGCAACGUGAGGGCGUGCCGGUGCCGGUGAAAGGCCAACCUUCGCACUCCAUUUAGAUUUAGGUCCAGGACCUUGCGGGACCGGGACCGCUCGCAUUGCAGUAGCAUCAGUAGAGAGGGUUAGGGAAGGCUGUGGAAGGCGCGGCUGUCGAGUUGAAAACGGAUAGUGCCGAAAAUUAAUAAAACACCGUGCGUCGACAUCGGUGGGGAUUCGCGGCAAGGCAGGGAUGUUCCACAAAUGGUAUGCUAAUCUGAGUAAUCGUACGAUCGCGAUUACCAUCGUCCUUUGCAUCUGCAUGCUGUACGUCUCGUAUACAUUCAACACAUGUCUGAUAGCGAGUUUCAACCGGUCGUGGAAAAGGGCCCAUACAAGCUUCACCACGAUUGCCACCCCGACAGAGGAAACCGAAGCUCCCCAGAUCAAAAUCCUGGGCUCGAUCGUUCGGAUCGUACCCCUCACAGAUGACGGCAUCGGUUUCGAUCCGAAGGUUCCACUGAACGCCUCCGAUGGAUCACCCAAGUAUCGCUUCCUGCGGCAGCAGGGUCUUCGACCCUCGCGACAUCUCCCGGAGGCAUUGAUAAUUGGGGUUAAAAAGAGUGGAACACGAGCGCUGCUCGAGUUCAUCCGACUACAUCCAGAUGUACGAGCAGCGGGCUGCGAGGUGCACUUCUUCGAUCGCCACUAUGCCAAAGGUCUACACUGGUAUCGGCAUCAUAUGCCACCCACCAUCGAGGGUCAAAUCACCAUGGAGAAGACCCCGAGUUACUUCAUAACCCGAGAGGCCCCCAAACGGGUCUACCACAUGAACCCUAGCACCAAACUGUUGGUGGUUGUCCGGGACCCAGUGACGCGAGCCAUCUCCGAUUACACCCAAGCACGCAGCAAAAAGAAAGACAUGAAACGUUUUGAAGAACUGGCUUUCCUCAACGGUACCUCGGGCGGAAUAGUGGACACCGCCUGGGGCCCGGUGAAAAUUGGAGUCUACGCCAAACAUCUGGAACGAUGGCUCGAGUACUUCCCGCUCUCGCAGAUGAUCUUCGUCAGCGGUGAGCGUUUGAUUGCCGAUCCGGCGGUGGAGAUCGGUCGGGUCCAAGAUUUUCUCGGCCUCAAACGGGUGGUGAACGAGAAACAUUUCUAUUUCAACUCAACCAAAGGCUUUCCGUGCUUGCUAAAAUCCGAGGAGCGAUCCUCGCCCCACUGCCUGGGGAAGACCAAGGGGCGCAAUCAUCCUCGGAUCGAACCACGGGCAAUCGAACGGUUGCGGGAAUUCUACCGCCCGUUCAAUCUCAGGUUCUACCAGCUCACGGGCAUCAAUUUUGGGUGGCCUUAAAGACCACAGAUCGACACAAUAGCUAGGUGUACAUAAUUAGCGAUUGGAUAAAAACAAUUAAAAACUAGGUUAUAUACUUCCGUAGAGUUCCUACAAGCGGUGGCGCCCCCGUUCUCGAUUCAGAGAGAGCGUGCGGCCGUUGGAAAAACAUAUUUUUCCACUCUUCUGUCGAAUAAGUAGUCGCUGUCCAACAGCUUAGGAAACAAGAAAAAACCCAAUUUUAUUGUACAUAAAAUAGCACUAGAUUUACCACUGUCUUGGCGAAACAUUUCGACUUAUUUAUUGCACAACGCCAGACAGAGAGACAGCCAAAAGCAAAGCGACGACCAGCGGUUAAAAAACGUCAUCCUGUUUUCCAUACUUGUACCAAAGCCCCGAGAACCGGGAAACACAUAUACAAUUAUAUUAGCGGAAACCAAAUGUUAGGAUAAGAAAGGAAGCCAUCGAUGGCGAUUUGGCCCACGCAAUUCUGAGGGGUCAAUUAAAAAACAAUCCCAAAUCCAAUGAAAGUUACAUUCGGAAAUAGUAGUUUUGUAAGUUCAAUGCGCACUGAUAGAGAUAUAAAGAGACGGGGUCUGGGGGUUGGGGAACAAAAUUCGCACAAAUCUACACUGAAAUAGAGGAAUCUGAUUCCGAAAGCUCAACAAUAGCAUAUUGUGCAACGGAUCUGGUGGGAAUAAACCGAUCCAUGGAUCAAUCACAU